ACGGCCGUCGGACUGAGGGGCUCGGCAGGUCGGCCAGGCUGCGUUCGGUGUCUCAACCCGCAAGCUACACUCCUUAAGAAUCAGCUACCCUUGCUUCCUUGUCCAUCGUCUCCGCCAAUCAUGCUGGAACAUCUGAGUUCGCUGCCCACCCAGAUGGAUUACAAGGGCCAGAAGCUAGCUGAACAGAUGUUUCAGGGAAUUAUUCUUUCUUCUGCAGUAGUUGGGUUUAUCUACGGGUACGUGGCUGAACAGUUUGCGUGGACUGUCUACAUAGUUAUGGCCGGAUUUGCCUUCUCGUGUUUGCUGACACUUCCUCCAUGGCCUAUCUAUCGCCGACAUCCCCUGAAGUGGUUACCUGUUCAAGACUCAGGCCCAGAAGACAAGAAAUCAUCGGGGGACAGAAAAAUGAAGAGACAUGCCAAAAAUAAUUGAUCGGCGCUUUCACGAUUCAAGUCAUAUUUUAACUUAUAACUGUUUUAUACCAUCUCUUCAUAAUCUUGUUAUGGAGAACAGGAAUAUAAGUAUGCAAUGCUUCUUUCAGGUGUACAUGAUGAAUAAACACCUCAUAA